AUACCACCCGAUGGGGAAUGGUGUAACAGAGCGGUUCAAUCGAACUUUGGGCAGUAUGCUACGCUCCUUGCCUCUUAAGGAGAAACAAAAAUGGCCCGAGCAGAUACAGGCUCUGACAUUUGCGUAUAAUGCCACGGUGCAUGAGACCACUGGUUACGCCCCAUUUCAGUUAAUGUUUGGUCGUAUCCCAAAGUUGCCAGUUGAUGUCAUUUUUGGGCAGGUGUUCCAUGACCCUAUGGUUGUUGAUCAUAGUAACUAUGUGCAAACGCUAAUGUCUCACCUCAAAGAAGCAGCAUACAUAGCUCAGAAACACACUGAAAAGGAGCAGAGAAAACAGGCCAACUUCUAUAAUCGGAAGGUUAAGGGGUUAUGUUUGAACGUUGGAGAUAGAGUGUUGCUCGCCAACAAGGGUGAGAGAGGAAAGAAAAAACUUGCUGAUAGGUGGGAUCCAAAUGUCCAUACGGUAAAGGACCGGGAUCUUAGGGCUAACAUAUACAAAGUGAUUGAUGGAAAGGGUAAGUCAAAAGUGGUGCAUCGCAACCUAAUUCUGGACAUCAGCUUUCUACCUAUUGAACCAACCCAAGAUGAGGAUGUUCUGUCAAGUGCUGGGAAUGUGGAGACCAAACCUUGCAUGUCGGAUCUGUUCGAUCCAACUGAUGGGGGUGGUUCUGAUGACAGGAUGGGAGCAUGGGUGUCUGAUGAACAGGGAGAAGUCGAGGGCCAAGAGUCUGUUUGUGGUGAUUUGGAAUCUGAUUAUUCAGCAGAAUGUUGUAGUCCAAAUGAGGUUGCUGGAGAUUGUUCUGAUCGAAUGAAUGAUGAAGAUGGUGAAUCCUACUCUAGUACCUUAGACCAGCAAGUAAGGGCUGUAAAUGACUCCAAUACUAAUCAUAUUACUGACAUGCCAGCACACACAUCAGAUGAUACACAGAGUUUUAGGACUCGUGCAGGGAGGGUGGUCAAAAAGGUUAGUCGUUUGAUUGAGUCUAUGACACAGAAGUCACCAGUUGUGAAGAGGGCAGGAUCGUUUCUUUCUCAGUUUUAAGGAGGGUUUUUACUUUCUUUUCUUUGGCAUAGUGUUGCGAAUAGAUGUGCACGAUGUGGAGUUUAUAGAGAAUAAUAGAUCAGGUUAAUGAAUACUGUAAAAGGCAGUAUGACUUUCUAAAGAUGUCCAGGACUAGACCAACCUUGGAUUAUUCUAACCUGUUAAGCGGGUAACAUAGUAUGUUGAACUACAAGUAAGUUUUGCUUGUGAAUCUGAUUCUAUUGUUUCCAUUGUCUAGUCCAGUCAGGAUUUUAGUGAAAUUCAGGAGGGGUGAAUGUGACUGAUGUUAAUUUUCAUGUAUGUAUAUUUACAAUGUAAAUAUAUGCAUUUCACUAAAAAUCCUUCCUAUUUGUUUUAUUUGUUUAAUAUGUUUUAUGUCAUGUUUAAAUUAAUUAGUUCUAUUUUUGGCGGAAGUGUUUUCUUUUGCGAUUAAGCUGUGUUAUGUCAUGACGUCAUUCGGGAAGUGCGCGCUGCUCCUCAGUUUACUUUGUGCAUACUGAGGAGAGGUAAGCUGUUAGCGGUGCUCUUCUGGGAUUACUUGUAAAAUUGAGUUUUACACAUUUGAAUUUCACUCAUAACAUGUUCAAAUAUUAUUGUUAAGUGUUAUUAAUGUAAUAUGUGAUAUGUAAGGUGAUUUGUGGAUGGAUGGGGAGGAUUAAGCGUCUUAUUCAAUAAGUACAGCGAGCAAAUAAGCAUGUGCAUUGGCUAGGCUUAGUGAUGCUAGUGAGUUAAUGGCUGCAAUUUGACUUGUGCAGGUGGUAAAGCUGACCAAGCAGCCACGGUUAUUUUGUUUCUUUCUGUAUUCCAUCCAGAAUUGUUGAGUGUUGGUGACAAUAAACUCUCCAGUACUGCUGCAGCAAAGUUGUAAAGACUAGUUAUUUCACAACACAACGCAGAGAACGCGAGCACCGGUCAGAACCGAACGUGACCGGU